AUGGCGGCAGCUGAACCUUUGUCUGCACCCCUAGAGGUACACAAGGCUAAAGAUAGUCUCAACGAAGAGGCAACCGCCGCAACGAUAUCUCGAUGGUCGGACCUACAUGUAUCGGCUCCUGCUCUCGUCGUGACACCGAAGUGUGAGGAAGAGGUUGUUGAAGCUAUCCGCCUCGCCAAGAGCAAGAGCCUCACAAUUGUUGUUGGCGGCGGCGGCCACGGAACAUUUGUCCCCGUCGACUCUUCCACGCUAUACCUCGAUAUGAAAGCAUUUCAAUCUAUUGAUAUCGAUAAAGAUGCAGGCGUUGUAAAAUUCGGCGGUGGUGUUGCUACAGGAGAAAUGCUUAAACGACUUACCGCCAAUGGCUUAUACACGACAUUGUGCGAUUCCAAUACGGUCGGUGCUGUUGGAUCCUUGGUUGGAGGCGGCAACUCGCCUCAUGUUGGAUUGCAUGGAUACAUGGUCGACAACGCAGUUUCUUUUCGAGUAGCCACCGCCAAAGAAGAAGUAAUCGACGUCGACGCAUCGUCAACCGGCGGCAAGUUAGCUCUAUUCAACGCCCUUUGCGGCGCAGGUCAAGGGCACGGAGUUAUAGUUUCAGCUACCAUGAAGGUGUAUCCUCUCACAGGGCUUCAUCUCACCGACAACAAAAUCUGGACACGACUCAUGAUGUUUCCUCCAUCUGCGUUGGAAACUGCCCUCAAAGCCUACUUGUCAUUGUCACCCGCGCCUGGCUCUCUAUACAGGCAGCUUCUCUUCACUCGCGCACCCCCCGGCACACCAAUGGCUGGCAGCCCCAUAGUUCUGCUAUCUACCAUGUAUCUUGGACCGGCCACCGAGGCCGAAAAGGCUGCUUCCGUACUAUUUGCAUCGGAUCUGACGACUGCUGCCGCCCAUAUCGAGACUCAGAUGAUCGACGUGACCAGUAUCAACAACGCAUUAGAGCCUGUGAACGUCCAUGGAGGAUUGAAAUCCACAAACGGGGCGCGACUCACAAAGAUUACCCCAGAGAUGGUUACAUCGACCUUUGCAAAAUGGUUAGCUAUCACGGAUGCCCUCCCUGAUGCGCAGAGAUCUUUGGUUUCUUUCCAAGCUUUCAACCCAGAGGUGCUAGAAGCCAAUGGAAAAUCGGAGCCAGGCAAGGACAAGUUCCUCGAAGCUCGGGACCGCGGCUUCAUCAUGGUUGUCGCAACGUGGUGCACAACCGCAGAGUCCAAUGCCAAGUUGAUCCCGUAUGUUGACGACGUGCUGCAGACGUGUCGCAAAGAAGAUGGGGCUACACCACGCACCAUUCCCAACACAAUGAGGUACAAGGAACCUUUACGGAAUCUUUUCAACGAGGAGGGAAUCUCAGAGCUGCACCGGCUGAAGAAAUGUUGGGAUCCGGAAGGGUUGUUUUGGAGUCCAUACGUAGGAGCAUAUCGGCAGGAGUAA